GUAAAACAAACGAACAGGCCCUCAAAGUUUUGGUUCACCUCCAAAUCUUCAGCUAAUCAGCACAACUCGUCUCGUAUGGUGCUUGAUAAUGUGUAUGGAAUGGCUGCCCCUGGUGAAAUAAUGGCCAUCAUGGGUUCGAGCGGUGCCGGCAAGACCAGCCUUCUUAACGUCUUGGCUCAUCGAAACCUCGGAGAUCUCCGGUUCCAAGGGAGUGUUAAGGUGAAUCAGCAGCCAGUAACGAAGGAAUUCAUGCGGACUGCAUGUGCUUAUGUACAGCAAGACGACUGCUUCAUAGGAUCGCUGACCGUGAAGGAGCACCUCAUGUUUCAUAUCGUCACCAAUCCUCCGAUUUUGUUCUGUGAUGAGCCAACAUCUGGAUUGGACUCCUUUCUGGCUGUUCAGGUCGUCAAUGUAAGUGCAAAUAUCGUUGACGUUCCAUCCUACUUCUCCAACGACGCCAGCGACACAGUGUUGAAGAAGUUGGCGAUCAUGAAAUCGAUGACUAUCGUCUUCACAAUUCAUCAACCCUCCAGUCAAGUAUAUGAGCUUUUCGACAGAAUUUAUAUGAUGAGCGAAGGCCGUGUUGCAUUUUGUGGACCGCAGGAGAGAGCCGUGCGAUUCUGGACGGAGAUAGGUCAGCCGCUUCCAAGAAACUUCAAUCCUGCUGACCACUACAUCUCCACGCUGUCGGCAACUGAACAGUGGAGGUCCGAACAUCGUAUCAGCAACGCUACGCACUUCUGCUCGGAAAUUGAUACCUUCUAUCGCGAAUAUACUUCUGGACUAUACAGCGUACUUGCGUAUUUCUUGGCAAAGAAUCUGGCAGAGUUACCUGCCUUCACAUUAUCGGCUGUAAUAUUCGGUACGAUUCUCUACUGGAUGUCACGUCUCAUACCGCUAUGGGAGGCUUUCGCCUUUUAUCUGCUAAUUGCUGUCCUUGUUCAAAAUACGGCCAUUUCUAUCGCAUACGCCAUGGGAUGUGUAUUUGGUUCGGUGUCGGUCGCCAUAGCUGUUUUACCGAUUUUCGUUGUACCAAUGAUGGCUUUUGGAGGUUACUUCAUAAAUCAAGGCAGCCUACCCUUCUAUUUCUAUCCGUUCAAGUAUCUUUCCUACUUCGGUUAUGCGUUCGAAAGUCUGACUGUUAACGAAUGGAGUCAUGUUGAUUCCAUCACAGGGUGUGAAAAGCCCGGUGCAAUGGGCUGCUAUCGAAAUGGAUCUGAUGUAAUACGAAGCCUAAGCUUUUCCCCUCAAAACAAAUGGCUAAAUGCAGUACUCAUUCUGAUUAUGAUUCUGGCAUUUCGCUUAAUCGCAUUUGUUAGUUUAUGGGCACGAGCACGAUCUCGGAAGUAA